AUGUCAUCGAAAAUUGAAUGGUUACCGAAUGAAAUCUUUGUGGAAUUAUUCGAAUAUUUCAAUGCUCAAACGCUUUUUAAUGCUUUUUAUAAUCUAAAUUCUCGCUUUAAUAAUCUGCUAUCUUCAUUAACCAAUGUUUCUUUCACAAUCUUAGCGAAGAGUGCGAAUCAAUUAGAUCAUUCUCACAGAUUUGUUACAGCAAUCAACAAAUUAUCAAUUGGGCCCAUGGUCAAUAGUCAUUUCGAUCGUUUUAUCAAUGUUCGUUGUCUUAGUUUGACAUAUGUGUUGAAUGAAACGUUAACUUAUUUGCAAAACAACGACAUUUUACCUUGUUUAGAACAUCUUCUUAUUGUCUAUCGAGUCAAUCAACCAUCCGCUACCGGUUUACAUAAAAAAAUUUUCUCCAACGGCUUCCCUCAUCUCAUAUCUUGUCAACUACUUGGUCUCGGACUGAUCAAAACAGCUGACAAUUGGACGCAGUCACCUUCAUUACGUAUUCUCCAUAUAAGAAUGAUCAAUCUAUUGGUUUACAAAGCAAUUCUAUCGGCUUGUCCUGACCUACACUUUCUUCGUCUCAAUAUACCGAGAGACGAUCUCUCUUGCUGUGAUAUCAAUCCGCAUCUGAACAUCAAACAAAUGAUAUUGAAAAUCCCUCUUCAGUAUUAUCUGGAAACAGAUGAAGUCAUCAGUAAUUUCCUUGCCAGUACUCCGAAUCUCGAAGAAUUUUGUAUACACAGAUUUAUUUGGGAUAUGAAUAGCAUACUUUCACUCGUGGAAUACGAUUGGCUUUCGAAGAUUAUUCAUCUUCGCCUACAACACCUCCACCGAUUCGUUUUCAAAUUACACUUCUCGACGUUUGUCAAACUCCAUAAAGCGACUAUCAAAUCUGUACUCAAUCGAAUAGAUGAACACUUCACCGAGGUUCAUGAUAAACAAUAUGAGUCUCGAUUAGUUAUUCCGUUGACAGAUUUUAAGCUUUAG